ACCCUGAAAAAAAAAAUAAGGCAGAUUUUGAUUGACCGAGCGGAAUCAUCGGGGAAUGGGGUGACUUCUUCAUUCUAUCUAGUGAUCCAAUCAGCCUCGCUCAAGGCAGGAAGACCGCGAUGGAGAGUGACCCGGAUGACGAUUUCGACGGGAGCUCCCUGACAAGACCAAGUCGUCUAGCCUCUCGAGCCAGUCAAGGCUCCCGGGGGUCUUUGAAUAACUCUGUGAACGCGACCAAAUCCCCAUGGUUCAGCAAGUCCGCCAGGAGCAGUUCCAAGAAGCAAACCUCCAUGACCCAUUUCUUCGCAGGCACUACCUUGUCCAAAGGCCAGCCAUCCAGUUUGAAAGGCCAAGCUAAACAUGGAUGGGCCCACUUGAACCCCUCAAAGGGAUCUCAUGACCCAGUGCCUGACAAUGGCCGAUGUCCGUCGGAUGAAGUCGUUGACCUCACGGACGAUCACGAUAGUCAAGACAAAUGGCAACAAUGGGUGGGAUUAGACAUUGCCAAGAAACCUUCCCAAACCCCUGAACUAUUGCCGUCCAAAGUUGGAGUGGACAGUGAAGACGACCCGUUUCCUCAGCAACGAGAGAGUGUCGGAUUCUACGAUGAACUGUUGAACAACCGCCGGGCCUUGAAUGAGGAUGACAAUGAUAGCUUGGAUAACAUCGAUUUUAGUCAAUUGGAUGAUUUCAAGCAGCCCGAGGCCAAAGUCGUGGAAACCGUACGACACUCACCUUUAUCCAGUUACGUCGGACCCUUGUACGAACGGCAACUCUCCCCUCCCCCUGAUGAUUUAUUAGAGCAUUUACUCGAUGAGGAAGACAAGUAUCAGCAGGAUACAUUUCAGUCCAGUCCUCAUGGGGCACCACCCUCUCCUGAUGAAACUCCGCCUAAAGUCACCGAUUCGAUCGACUAUUCGUUUGAAGAAAAUGCCGGGAGUUUAUUUCAAGUUCAGAAAAGUAUAGACUGUGGUGGUGGCGGUGUUAGUGGUGUCGGCGUCGGCGAUGACAAGGAAGAUGAUGACGAUUUUAUCAUGGAAUCGCCUGUUAAGAAAGAAAUAACGAAGCCCAAGACGUUUGUUUUUAAGAAGAGGUCAUUGAAAUCGUCUUCCUCGGAUAGCGAUCAGAGCCUCAAUCAUUCGGUUCCGUCUAACCUAAAAGCCCUUCCCAUAUCAUUAGACAUUCCCGAACAUAUUCAGAAGAAAACACCGAAUUCCGAAGGAUCGCAUACGCCUCAGACUUUCAAACGUUUAAGCCAGAAUGGCGAUGAAGAAAACGCAGCGUUGAGUAACUUUAAAGAUAUGACUGAGCUCAUCCGAAGAAAAAUGAUCCUCAAAAAACCCGCUUGUUACCUCAAAACUCAGGAGAGAGACGAAAUGAAAGAUCUUCUAAUCUUGUGCUUAUCUCAGAAAGUCGAAUUCCUGGAAAGACAUCUUUCAAAGGAAAUCGAUCGGAACAAUCCCCAUUUGGCCAACUUUAGUGGACUUAUUGACGAUAUGUCUGUGCGGCUUCAAACACCUUCCAAAGUCAAAGAAGGCUUUACUCCUACGGCAUCGUCGUCGAUCCAAUGCUCCCAAUUAGGAGUUAGUAAUCGAAGAGACAGUCCGGACUUUGAAGUAGCCAAAAGCGUAUCCUAUCCACCUCCCGCACUCGCUGCUCCACUUAGUCCGGUUUUAGGGUCUCAAUCAAGAUCGAGUGAAAAUAGAUUUCACUUCAAGACGCCAUCGGAUCCGAGAGCCAAUGAGAUGAGCUCUAAUUUUUCCAAUCAAAUGGUGACCAGCACACAAAGAGGCCCUUCGUCGAGUUUGUCUCAUCAACCGUCUCAAUUCAUCGACACCUCGGGAUCUAGUCCAAUAAAGCCUAGGGAACUGCCACCGUUUAUUCUUCCUGGUAGGAGUUCGUUCAAGCCCGAUGAUUUCGAUACUCAGCCACCAAUGCGUGAUGUGGGCUCAAAAUUGGACGAAACUCGUCAUCCCGACGUGAAUGGAGACAUAUAUUACACUGAUGCUUUGUACUCUAGUCAAAGUGGCAAUUCGAAUGAUUGCAAUAUUGGAGUUAAUGCGGAAGGACGUUUUCUUGGAAUGGCUCGAAACGACGGAACGAACAAGGAGCUCUCGAGACGAGACUAUAAUUUCUCCGAGAAGCUCUUCAACCAACUCCGAAACAAGUUUGGCAUUCACAAUUUUCGUCCCAAUCAGCUCCAAACAUGCAACGCAGCUCUGUUAAACCAUGAUUGCUUCGUUUUAAUGCCCACAGGAGGCGGGAAAAGUCUGUGCUACCAAUUACCUGCCGUGAUGAAUGAGGGCGUUACCGUGGUGAUUUCACCCUUGGUAUCUCUCAUCCACGACCAAGUAACCAAGUUAAACGGUCUAGGCAUUCCGGCCGACCAUCUUUGUGGCGAAGACUUCACGAGGCAACGGCUCGUUUACGAUAAACUGCGAUUCAAAACACCCGCCCUCACUUUGCUCUAUGUCACACCAGAGAAGAUCAGUGCAAGUGAGGCGCUGAAAUCCAUCUUUACUCAACUCCAUGAGAAUGGGAAAUUGAACCGAUUUGUCAUCGAUGAAGCUCAUUGCGUGUCUCAAUGGGGACAUGAUUUCCGACCAGAUUACAAGCAACUCAAGGUGCUUAGAACGCGAUAUCCGGGAGUGCCUUUCAUGGCUCUAACCGCCACUGCCACUCCAAGGGUGAGGACCGAUAUUCUACAUCAAUUAGGAAUGCGAAAUCCAAAGUGGUUCCUAUCCAGCUUCAACCGAGCCAACCUCCAGUACGAAGUGAAACCCAAAAAAGGCAAGAGCAUAACAAAGGAGAUCAUCGAGCUGAUCAAAAAGGAUUAUCCCAAGCAAUCUGGAAUCGUGUAUUGCUUGUCACGCAAGGAAUGCGAUGACGUUUCUGAUGAGCUCUCUUGCGCUGGAAUCUCUGCAGUUUCCUAUCACGCCGGACUCAAUGAGAAAGAACGAUCCUCGGUUCAGGACAGGUGGAUCCAGGAUCGAACGCGGGUCGUGUGCGCCACCAUCGCCUUUGGCAUGGGUAUUGAUAAACCAGAUGUUCGAUUCGUGGUUCAUUAUUCGUUACCCAAAUCCAUUGAAGGAUAUUAUCAAGAAUCCGGAAGGGCAGGAAGAGAUGGGAGGAAAUCGCGAUGCAUUCUCUUUUACUCGUACGCAGAUUUCCAUCGGAUGCGAAAACUCAUUGAUCUUGACGAAAAGACCACGGUGGAGGCCAGGAAAAUUCAUUAUUCUAACCUUUAUGCUAUGGUUGGAUAUUGCGAAAACAUAUCAGAUUGCCGGAGAGCGAUCCAGUUGCAGUAUUUCGGAGAGGUGUUCGAUCCCCGAUUAUGCCUCAACUCUGGCACCACGUGCGACAACUGUCGGUGUUCGAGUAAGACGAAAAUGGACGUCACUCUGUUUGCCAAAACGGUCAUCGAGGGCGUGAUUCGAUUGAGUUCGCGCUCUCGUUUCGAUCAGAAGAACUUCACUGUGAACCACCUGGUAGAUAUCCUACGAGGCAUGAAGAACAAAAAAGUUUUGGGGUGCCAAUGGGACAGUGAUCCCAUUUACAAGGCCGGUGCCCAAUUCAAUUUGCAAGAUUGUAACCGCAUUGUCAGACGGCUCGUUUUGGAGAAUUAUCUAUGGGAAGAGCUCGUCAUUUCCCGAGAUGGAAUGGCCUCCGCUUACGUGAAGAAAGGAAAUAAGGCCGACCAAUUACUCUCGGGCAUGGCCAAAGUGGAACUGGAGGUGCAAGCUUCCAAUCUGGUCCGAGGUAACGCCUCCGAGAACACCGAGGAUGACGGACUCAAGCGGAUCGAAGAGAGGUGCUUUGAGGAGCUCAAGGAAAAAAUCUUGGCCAUCAAUCCGGAUCUUAAAAGCGUAUUUACGGCCCUGCCGGUUGAGGUUUACCAGGAGAUCGCCAAAAAGCUUCCUAUAACCAAGGAGCAGAUGAUGGAAAUCGAUCAAAUGACGGAAUUGCGAUAUCUGCGCUACGGUCUCCAUCUGGCUCCGAUCUGUGAGAAAUAUCUCGAAGAUCGCAUGAAGUAUUUGUCAGAUCGGCAGAUGGCGCAAAUGGCUGCCGCGGAAGAGCAGAGCGAGUUCAAUCAAGCCAACGGCUUUAGCUCCAUUGGGACGCCGGGCUCGGUGUCGGGAUCAAGAGGCAGGGGCAGAGGAAGAGGGGCUGGUCGAUCUCGUUAUUUCCGCGGGGGUGUCAAGCGUGGACGUGGAGGUCGAGGCUCAUUCAAUCGCACGGGGUCAACUCGAGGCGCCGCAAAUCGAUCCACUUCUCGGGGUCGCCCCCCGAUGUCGAAUAAGCGAAAGAGCGACGAGUCCGCCGCCAAUAUGCCAUCUACCUCAAGGGCCAAGCCCAACAACUCAGCCAUGCUCCUCUCCAUACCUAAGCCGCGGCCAGGCUUCGGCGCGGGCCGAUUUGCCUUUCAAUAGUUAACAAAUUGAAUAUUAGAUUCUUUUAAAGACG